AAAUUAAAAAUUUCGAUGGGGAAUCGUAGAGUGCGAAUGUGUCGUCUUUGUUUAUCUACUACGGUGGUACUUCGUUCGAUUUUCACGAUUUUCCGGAAUCACAAUUUAGUAUUUAUUAUACAAGAUUAUAUUAAACUUGAGAUCAAAGAAGAUGAUAGAUUACCAAAGCUGAUUUGUAAAUCGUGUGCUGUUAAGCUUAUUAGGAUUAGAGAGAAUGUAACAUUGUUUAAAGAAAGCGAUCGAAAACUACGUGACAAGCUUCACAAUGACGCUGAAUUGCCGGAUAUUGUAAAUGAGUUACGACAGGACAAGAAGAGAAAAUAUAUUCACCGUGAAAAAGCAUUCUAUGGUAAUUCCAAUAAUAAGAUGCACGACCAUGCAGAGAACUUAUCAAAUAUUUUAAUCAAAGUGGAAAAAAAGGACACUGGACUCCAAUCAGUAGAGUUAACCAGCGACCAUUUGUUUGAAUUUAAUGAAAUCAAAGAAGAAAUCCUAAGUAGUGAUGCUGAGGAAGACAUUCCUCUGACAAAGCUUAAAAAAUCUAUAAAUGUAAACGUGGCUGUAGCAGAUAAUCAAGAAAAUAAUAAUUUGUCAAUUGCAACUCCUGGAUGUAAAAAAGAAGUUGAUAAGAUAAACAUUAGUCGGUAUGUGAAUAGCAUUGCGGAUGAUGACAAUGAUCCGAAUGGCGAUGAUCUGGAUAAUUUGAUAGACGAACAAAAUUUGAAGUCCGACAAUGUUUCUAGCGAGGAAGAUGCAAAUUUGAACAACAGGCGACGAAAAAAACAACGGUUAAUUAGCAAAAAAAAAAGUACCAGAUGGCCUAGAAGACAAGCAAAAGUAUUUCGAGAACUUGUUGAAACGGAAGAGACCUACGAGGAAGCUAGAUUCGAUCCGGUUGUAAAAGAACGAAAACAAGAAGACAGUAAUGAGGCAUCAGACGAUACAAUACAUAGAAAGAAAAGGGGUAGGCCAAGAGUAGUUGAUAAACAUUCAAAAAAGAAAACAAGUGCAUUAAACAGUUUGCAAGAAAAACAAGAGCCAUUUCCAACGUUGCACGAUUAUAGAUGUUAUAUUUGUAACAGUGAUUCAUUGGGCUCAAGAAAAUCGAUGAUAGAACAUUUUUCCGUUCAUAUUGAUAAGCUUCCGUAUACCUGCAAAGAAUGUGUAAUGGAAACGGUCACCCUAACACGAGUCCGCACAUUGAACAGUCAUAUGAAAAUGCAUGCUCAGCCAGUCAAAUGUGACUAUUGUGACCGGCGCUACAGUAACGCUGCGGGAAAAUACUAUCAUACACAAACUUUUCAUUUGGGAGGAGGUGCUCCUUGCUUAGUUAAUUGUGAAGUGUGUGGUAAAACUUGCGGUUCGCAAUCGUCAUUAAAGCAACACAUGAAAUACCAUACGACAAAACUGAAAUGUGAGAAAUGUGAUAUGGUAUUCAAUCAUCCUAAUAAGCGCCGCAAUCAUGAAAGACUACAUGAUGAAAACCGAGGAUAUGAGUGUGUUGUUUGUAAGAAGGUAUUGCAAACCAUUGAGUCGUACGAUGUACAUUUAAAAAAACACAGUCAAGAACGCAGCUAUCAAUGUCAUUUGUGCCCGAAAAAAUUCAACACGUCGUGUAAUUUAAUUCUACAUUUAAAGGUGCACGCAAAGAACGACAAUUAUAAACCAGCCAAGUCGUGGGUCGAACAUUAUACAGUGCUAAGUCGUAAUCCAAUGCACUUUAAAUGUAACCACUGUGAUCGUUACAGUACCGACAAGGUGAACAACAUGAUCUCUCACCUGCAGGCUCAUUUUAAAGAAUAUGAAUGCGACCAAUGUCAGCAUAAAUUUGCCACAGCAAAGCAACUGCGAGCACAUUAUACAACGCAUACCGGUGAAAAACCAGAGAAAUGCAAAUACUGUGAAAAAGUUUUCUCUACUAAAAAUAAUUUACGAAUACAUUUAAAAGCUUCGCAUCCAGAGUGGAUUCCACAGCGGCAACAACAGCAACCACAAAUGUCACAAGAAUCGCGGUUACAGACAACCUCUCAUCAGGCGCAAAAUUCGAUUGCACUCCAGUCAAAUGUUUAUGAGAAUCCAUCAUCUGGUGGAGUGAUUUUUAGUCCGCAGCUAGUAGCUCAAAGCAAUGAACAACAAUAAUUACACGGUGUUACACGGUGUUACACGGAAAAAAUACUUCUGAAAUGACCUAGUGUACGUUGUUAGUAACACCUAGUACAUCAUAAAAACACAUUUGAAAUCUUCCUAACACUCCCAAAAUUUCAAGUUAUUGCAAAAAAACGUUUUUUGGCUAGGUGUACUCAUACUAUCAUGAAUAACUCAAUAAUUUUCCAAGCAAUUUUAAAUUUUUUAUACAUUUUUGGAAAGUUUAGAGGAUAAGCUUUCAGGAUAUAUAUACAUUUACUAUGGUUCUACAAAAGUUAGACGAGAUUUUUUCAAUUAAAUAUGAAAUUUAACUAAAAAAUUAAAGUUUUUCUCACUUUAGGGGUCCUUAAAGUGACCUUAAAAAUGACCCACAUUCCUAAGCUCAACAUCACUUGUUUUGUAUUCAAUCCUAAGACUUUGGUCAAAAUUUCAGCCAAAUCGCCAUUUUUAAGAAUUGUAGAAUUGGUGCUUCCCAUAUAUCACCCGCCUAAGCUUACAACUGAGCAUCUUGUACACGAUGUAAGAUUAGGUGGGUGAUAUAGGUAUGAGAAGCAACCAAUUCUACAACUCUUAAAAAUGGUCUCAAAUUUGCAAAUGUUGACCGAUCAAAAUUAAGGACCCCUAAAGUGAGAAAAUUUUUAAUUUUUUAGUUAAAUUUCAUAUUUAAUUGAAAAAAUCUCGUCUAACUUUUGUAGAACCAUAGUGAAAGUAUAUAUAACCUGAAAGCUUAUCCUCUAAGCCAGCGGUUCCCAACAUUUUUUCGGUUCGCGUACCCCCUGACGGAUUUCCCUAUACUAUUCUGAAGCAAACUAAAGUUUUGGCGUACCCCUAGGGGUUCGCGAACCCCCAUUUGGGAACCGCUGCUCUAAGCUUUCCAAAAAUGUAUAAAAAACUUAAAAUUGCUUGGAAAAUUAUUGAGUUAUUCAUGAUAGUAUGUGUACUCCUAGCCGAAAACCAUUUUUUUGCAAUAACAUGAAAUUUUGGGGGUGUUAGGAUGAUGUCAUAUGUAUUUUUAUGAUGUACUAGGUGUGACUAACAACGUACACUAGGUCACUUGCAAAGUAUAUUAAAAAAAUUUUUUUUUGUCACACCGUGUUAUUGCGACAUUUACACCGAUUAUCACCCCGAUUAUCACAGUCGAAUCUUGCACAUAAUUUCGCUCAAGGAAAACGAAUUGCAAAAGAAGGACAAGAAGGGAAAAGAAGUGAAUCCCUAGGACAGGACAUGCCAAGUGCUAAUCGCGGCGUUAACCCAAAAUUGACUCAAUUUCUGAUAGACUGGGCCUGUAAAAUAUAACGCGGCAUCACUUUCAGUGUUGCAGAAACUCAUUAUAGUGGGAAUACGAAGAUGAGUAAUUAUUUCCGAAUUUUAAUUUCUUUUGUAUUCUGUAGUUAUAUGCUAGUUUUGUUUGCAAACAAAUUUUAAUUUUCAAAAUGAAAAUCAAGACACGAUUUUAGUCGCAUAGACUACGACGUAUUCCUGAGCUGCUGUUCGGCCUACGAAGUGAUUCUUAGGCUGUGAACCAUUUGGCAAAAAUUGACAGUUUCAUAGUGAUUUCUCCUCGAGCGGUCAAAAUCCAGUUAAGAAUGCGAAACAUUUCAUAUUGUCAAUUGCAUUGUCAAUUGCCUCUUAGACUUUUGAUAUUUUAUUCAUAGACGUCAAAAUAUUUUUACACAUGCAUUUUCCUCUAGUUGCUUUAAAGUGUUGUAAUCGACAAAUGUGGCUUUAGUUUUCAAAAGGUCACAUAAUGCAUGCAAAAGGGUUGAUUAUGCGACCUUUUGAAAACUAAAGACACAAAUCUAAACCCCCGUUAUCCAUUUCGUUCUAAAUUACUUUAUUUACUAAACGAAUCCAGCAGUAAACAGGAAACAAAAAUCAACAAAGGCCUCUCUCUUCGAAUGGGAAAUCGAAUUACAGUAAACACCCACUGCAUGGAACCGACAUGUCCAAUAAGUUUGUAGCAUUUCGUUCGUAACACUUUUUCGUCGUUUUUUAUAAUAUUUAAAAUUAAGCCAUCUAGGGUAAAUCAUAACAGAAAUGAAAAACCAAUAUUGACGUUUGACCACAGAUAAAGUGGUUUAAGUACGCUAUUCGAGUGAUGAUGCAGAAUUAACGCGUUAUUACGUCUGAUGAUGACCGAAGGAAAACAGUAGGCAGAAACGUCACACCAAAUCAAUAGUUUUUGAUUUUCAUCGAAAAGAAUCAACAAGUUCUAAUAAUAUAAAUGAUAAAGUCUCCUCGUCUCAACAAAAUUUCCUAAUCAAGAUCGUUUUGAUGUUUUUGCUUGGGAAGUACAUCAGAAAGUGACAAAGGGGAGUGUUAGGGAAGUGUGCCAGAAAAAUACCAAAGUUUCUUGUCCCAACAGAUCGCUAAUUCUUUAUGGCGAGCGGAUUAAACCUGAGUGAAUUUGAUAUCUGUGUUGGAAAAGUGCGCUACAGCUGUAGUGUUCGGUUAUAAUUCUGUAUGGAUGAGCGGGUUUGCCGUUUCAUUGAAAGUGCAGUGAAAAGAUGUGCUGCUGAUAAAAUGCGAUCGAAUUGGUGAAAUCCCUUCAACGUGGGGAACGAUUGGUAAAAAAAUAACCUUUAAUUUUUAUAAGGUAACAGGAAAGCAAUAGUUUGUGUUCUCGAUUUUUUUAAAUUGUUUCUAAAUGCACUUGUAAUGCAAAUGCAAUGUUACUACUUUGAUAAAUGCUACAGAGAGCCUUAGAGGGUCGCCAUCUUAAACCGAAAAUUCCAAUCGAACAGAAUCAGUUGUCAAAAGUAAGUCCAAUCGAACAGGAGACUUGUCAAAAUACCGAUUAGAAAGCCUUAAAAAGAGUAACGGCUAGAGAGCCUGUUAAACAUAGAGAGACGCCAUCUCAAAUCAAGAACAUUUUUUGAGUAGAUUUUUCUAAAUUUUUAGCAGCUUUUUAUGAAUUAUCAAAGAUAAACGCUUCAGAGGAAGGUUCCUUGAGGAUGUUAUUAUUAUAUGUAGCAUCGAGAAACUCGAAAUCUUUAAUUUAAAUCGCUGGUUCUCAAAAGAAUUGGCAAUAAUAGACAACAGCAGCAUAACUAUUUACGGUACGACCAUUAACUGUGGUAAAAUUAUCAUGAAAAGGAAUUGCAUAUCCAGAUUUUAUAAAAGUUAUUGUCAAUUGCAAGGAAAAUUGUACCAUCCAAAGUGCGAUAUUGCUCAUAAAAGUGCUAUUUUGCAUUAAAUCGUUUCGGUAUC